AAAGGUUUCCUUUACGGAAUCUUCCUAACACAUGUGCAUUGAAUAGAGUGAGAUACAAUCAUUCCUCUUAGCACACCACAGGGAACACAUCACCGUCCACGUGUCGCCUACAGUUCUCUUCUGGGAGUUCAGGAGGCUUCGGCACAUUUGCUGGAUGAUAUAAGACCUGCUGACAUUCUUAAGGGUUCUUUGACGGUUGCACUAUUCAGGAUAUAAACAUGUCGCAGAUGAAUAGUGAUCAGCUGUAUCGCUCCACCUUGGGUAUUUACUCGAGCUUGAUGGAGGAGUUCAACCCAAGCCUACAGAAACUGGUCUCACUGGGUAACAGUUACAUCCAAGCUUUUCAAGCUCUUGCUGUUACAAGUGAGGCUUACUUCAGUGCCCUUUCAAAGGUUGGAGAGAAGGCUUUCCACACCAUGUCCUCGCAAUCAAUAGGAGAAGUCCUGAUUCAGGUCUCUGAGAGCCAAAAACGACUCACACUGGAGCUUCAGGGAGUCUUUCGUUGGUUCAGCAUGGAGGUUAUUCAACAGAUGGACAACAUCAUUAAAACAGACAAAGAUUACAUAUCAGGCAGCAGGAAGCAAUAUGAGAUGGAGGUCCACAGCCUGGCGACAGCUCUGGAGAGGCAGUUUAGGAGAGGAUAUAACCAGGAUGGUAGUGAGUAUGUGCAGUUCCUCAGGAAGAGCCAUGAUGAGGCUCUGAAGGAGGAGGAGAGACGUCACCGCUUCCUGGCUGAGAAACACUGUGCCCUGAUACAAUCCAUCGCCCACCUCAUGAAUAAGACAGGAGGGUCUCUCCAGCAGAAAGCUGAUGCCUGGAUGAAUGACGUGAACGCCACGAGAGGACGCGAGAGCAGACAACCACCUCCUCCGGACAACUAUAUGAGGAUGAAGGAGGAGGACACCAGAAAGAACAGAGAGGAAAUGACCCUCGGCAACAUCCCAUCAAGAGCCCCAUCUCCCCAAGGAAGCAUUUCUCAGUGGGAGUCAGUGGGAGGUGGUGGUGGAGGGAGAUCCAUGAGGGCACGGGUGGCCCACCAUCCUGGUGGCUCUAACUCCACCCUGUUGCCCUUCUCCAAGGGGGAGAUGAUCACUGUGCUGGUGCAACAGGCCAGGAAGGGCUGGCUAUAUGGACGUUCUGAGAGCACUUCACAUCAGGGAUGGUUUCCAGGCUCCUAUGUGGAAGCAGUGGAUGAUCCUCCACAGAUAAGCAGCUCUCGCUCCACACUCCGAAGCAGCAGCAGCAUGAGCAGCCUGCUCGACCAACCACAAAGCAGAAACCCCAGCGGAGGCCCGCCCCCUCCACCUCCACCGCCAACUCCGUCUCUUUCUUCAAAUAGACAGCAUGAGCCAGUCUCACCUACUUCUGACAGAGGGGCUGAGUCUUAUUCAGUAAACAAGGGAUCAAAAUCACAUGGAUCACCACCAGAACUCUUCCCAAGGGGUACCAACCCGUUUGCCACAAUUAAGCUGAAGCCCACACUCACCGAUGACAGAUCAGCCCCACGUCUUAAUCGACGAUGAAACAAACGUUUUCACUUAGUUCAUUCUUGACAUUGGGGAUAGCAGUGUGGUCAAAAGUAAGUGGACUGUGAGUGGAGGUUUUUUGUCAACCAACGCCCUUCUGAACAUGGAGAAAGAAAAUUUUGCGCAAGGACUGUAGCUAUACAUUCUUGUUUAGAUCUUGCUAAAUAUAGUCUUUUUUAUAAUUAACUCUGGUAUUGUGAUUUGUGCAACAGUAAGAAUUAAUCACAAAUGUGUGUAUUAUUUGCACUGACCUUUCCAUCUUAAAUCUAAACUGAUACAAAGUGCUUGGUUUGUGGCACUGAAAUCCUGACAUUUGCAUUACGUGGAUAUCAGAAAUACAUGAUAACCAUCUAUGAUUUGUAUAUAGUGUACAGCUGAUGUUGGGAAUGAGUGCUAAGAACAUGUUGCUUUAUAGUUUAUUUUUUAUGUAACUUCUGUCAUUUAUGGAUCAGUGAUGGAUGCAUGAUGCCAUGUACGUAGCUGCUUCUGUAAUCUGUUUUUAUGUUUUGAUUUUUAUUGCUGUUGUAUUGCAUCCUUGCCAUUUCUCUCUACAUGGUCUGCUGAAUUAAGUCCUUUGCUAUAAAUAUUAAUUGCAUUACUAAUUUACUUUGGGAAAUGACUUGUAGAAAAUGAAAAUGUAACCUCUGGCAGGUAAUGUAAUAUCAUGCAAAAAAUAGGAUAAAAUGUCUAAGCCAGAAAUGUAAUGAAAAAUGCAGUGCAUUCAUAGAUAAUUUAUUACCAUUGUUAUAGCAUCACAUAAUUACUUUAGCCAGGUUGUUUCAUAUUAUUGCAGAUGGCAUGUUUUGCUUAUGUAAUAAUGGUGAUGCUAACUGUAGUAUAGUAUCUA